AUGGCCAAGCUGCUAUAUGAAGACUUAUCAACCUGGCGCUCCGACCUCAAGAAGAUAGCUAUCAGCACCGUGCCCUCCAUGUAUAACCUCAUCCCCUCAGCUGACAUACUUCCUCAAGCUCGCACCGCCUGGGUCGCAAACACUGCUAUGAAACUAUUGGACAACUCUGUGUUUCUUCACGAUGGUGUGGAUGAACUUGGGAAAACCAACAACGCUGCUCACCCUGCACUCAAGGCAGCUGCCAUCGCCUUCUGCUACACUGGUUCCUAUCAUAUCGCUCACAGGAGACCCGAUAUCUUCAAAGAGGAGUUACCUUUGGAGUCUUUGGCUUUGGUUUGCGCUGUGUACAACUGCGUCUUUGACAGGCUAGUCAAGAACGGCAGUGGCAAGUAUUUUCCGAAGUUUACUGCCAAAGACUACUCCUCUGUCUAUCUCUCAAUGGUUGCUGAACUCAAGAAGAUCAUGAAGCGCACAUAUCACGGUCCUAAGUUGACAUGA